AUGGCGCAAGGCCGCCCCCGCCGAAAGAACCCCGUCUUGUCGUCCUCGGACGAUGAAGACGACCCCGUUCCGACAAUCCAUGAAGAAGAGGCGCCUGCACACGCUGAGGCAACCGAGACCAAGCAUGUUAGACCAUCGCGAUCCAAAGCCAAAGCUUUAACCUCGACCUCGAUCUCGACCACGACCAACGUCGCCCAUUCUCCCACCAAACCACGACAGACUCGUCAGCCCAAGAAAUCGGCCAUCGAAGCACAACCCAAACGUGCAAACAAGUCCAUCUUCUCCUUCUUCAAUCCCUCCGUGCAGCGCCAGCAGGCCUCAUCUCAAGACUCGCCAAGUCCACCAGCCUCGGCCAACCCUGACUUGAAAGAACUGGAUAUUGAGGAUGACAUUUCAGCCGACGAUGCUACACUGUCGCAACCAUCCCAGAUUGCUCAAACUAUACGCAAGAGAAAAUUGAUCAAGGAUGACACUGCUGAUACCAACCGAGAUGGCCUUCCUGCGCCCUCACAGAAGUUUCGCAAAGUCUCUGGAGGAACUAGACUUUCUACAAACUCGACUUCUCAUUCGAUCGACACUAGGCCGUGGACCCAACGCUUUGCUCCUGUCGACUUGUCCGAGCUUGCUGUGCACAAAAGAAAAGUUACAGAUGUUCGCAAUCUUUUAGAUUCCGCUCUGUCCGAUCGCCCAAGGCCGAGAUUGAUCAUUUUGAAAGGUGCCGCCGGGACUGCCAAAACAACCACCGUCAACCUUCUGGCAAAAGAGAUGGGCAUUGACAUAAUGGAGUGGAAGAGUCCAGUAGGCACCGACGCUGCGAGCAGUGCUUUCACGUCGUAUUCGAGCCAGUUUGAGGAUUUUGUUUUCAGAAGCGGCAAAUUUGCCGGUCUUGACCUGGUUCGUAGCGAUGGUACAGCCCAGCCAGCUCUUGCUACCACCGACAAUCAGUCCAAACAGAUCAUGCUUGUCGAGGAAUUUCCCAAUACUUUUUCCAAAUCUUCUCCUGCUCUGCAGAUUUUCAGGGACACCAUUUUGCAAUACCUCGCCGCCCCGGCAUCAUCGAAUCCUACACCCAUGGUUAUGGUCAUUUCAGAGGCCCUGCUCUCAACCACAACUGCAUCCGCUGACAGUUUCACUGCUCAUCGCUUGCUCGGUCCUGCAAUUCUAAACCACCCACAGACAGCCUCGAUCGAGUUCAACGAUAUCGCUCCCACAAUUCUGACGAAAGCCUUGGACGCGAUUGUGACAAAAGAAUCUCGAAAGUCAGGCAGGCGUUUUGCACCUGGUCCUGGUGUGCUCAAGCACUUGGCCGAGACUGGUGACGUUCGAAGUGCGGUCUCCUCCCUCGAAUUUUUGUGUCUUGCUGGCGAUGACAGCGGCGCUUGGUCAUCGAAGGUCGCUUUCACAAAGCCCAAAAGUCGUGUGGAGGCUUCUUUGACUAAACAAGAACAAGAAGCUCUGAAGCUGAUUAGCAACCGUGAGAGCAGUCUUGGGAUCUUCCAUGCCGUUGGUAGGGUUGUGUACAACAAGCGUGUUAACCCCACUAGCCCUGUGCCUCAGCCUCCGACAUAUUUUCCACAACAUCGAAAGCCGAAAGUACCAGAGCACGAUCCUAACAGUCUGAUUGAUGAAGUUGGCACCGACACAUCAACGUUCGUUGGAGCACUACAAGAGAAUUAUGCCUUGUCUUGUUCAUCCUCAUCGAGCGAAGAUGCCUUGGACUCACUCAAUGGCUGCAUAGAUGCUCUAUCCGACUUUGACAUGCUAUCUUGCGAUCGCUUUGGUUUCGGCACACGGAUGUCUUCCGGUUCUGCCCAGGACAACCUUCGGCAAGAUGACAUUUCCUUUCAGACUGCCAUUCGUGGUGUUUUGUUCUGGCUGCCAACUCCAGUUAACCGGCUAGCAGGCUUGCCACGAGGAGCCAAGCGCGGUGAUGAGUUCAAAAUGUUCUUUCCCUCGGCUUCCAAGUUGUGGAAGGAAAAGGAGGAAUUUGAGAGCACAUUAGAGCGUGUGACGACGACAAUUCACGACUUGGCAACUGGCUCGAGUUCGGGUUUGACCUCCGCAAGCACAGAAGGUGUGGCCGCAUGGAAGCGCCAACAGGCAACAGACGCAGCUCCAGACGGUGAUGCAGAUCUAGACUUCACAACUGCGCCUCUUUCGAACACCCUUUUGAGCUCCAGUGCAAAAACCGAGCUGCUGCUUGAGCGGCUACCCUACGCCUCACAGAUAUUGCCUCGCCAGAAGGACAUACCGGCAUACCUCAUCUCUAAGAUCAAUAGCCUGACUCGUAUCUCUGCCCAGAACUCUGCAUCCGUUACUCUUGACGACGCAGCUCUGGAUGCAGUAGAGGAUAAUGAAGUCGGUCUUCAGCAGUCGGAAUGGACUGAUCGUCCAGAUGCAGAGUCUGCUAUCACGAGAACAGGCAAGAAACAGGAUAGCCACAAAGGUAAACCUGAGGGUGGUGGACUGCACAUACCAGUGGAGCACGCAGUAGAGAAGCUUGUGCUCAGCGAUGAUGAUAUUGAGGAUUGA